UCAUUUUGAAAAAUAAAUUACAUAUCAAUAUAAAUGCAUUUAAGAGAAAUAUUGAAUAUUAAAAAAAAAAUUAAAAUCAUAAUUGAAAAAAAUAUGUAUACAAUACGAAGGAAAGUAUUUCCCUUCUCCUGAAAAUUAUUACGUUACAAAACCUAUAAAAGUCUUUGCUUUCUGCGACUAAAGUGUUAUUCUGCAUUGACAAGAAAGCAAGCAAACAACUUUAAAAGCGUUGUGGAUCUUAUCAGCUUUUAGUAAUAAUAAACAAAAAUGGAACUAAAAAGAGAAAGGGAACCUGCCGCUGAGCAGCUUAAUAUUUAUAAAAAUACUGUUAAGGUAACACCUCUUCUAUUAACUGGAAAUGGACAACCAAUUGCAAAUAAAAAUGAUUCCUUAACUGCAGGCAAAUAUGGACCAACACUUUUACAAGAUGCAGUUUUAUUGGAUGAAAUGUCACAUUUUGAUAGAGAAAGAAUACCUGAACGUGUUGUUCACGCCAAAGGAGCAGGAGCAUUUGGUUAUUUUGAAGUUACUCAUGAUAUAACAAGAUAUACAAAAGCAAAACUUUUUUCCCACAUUCUAAAAAGAACGCCAAUUGCCGUAAGAUUUUCUCAAGUCGGUGGAGAAAGUGGUUCAGCAGACACUGUUAGAGAUCCUCGAGGAUUUGCUAUAAAAUUUUACACUGAGGAGGGUAUUUGGGAUCUUGUUGGCAAUAAUACGCCUAUAUUUUUUAUUAAGGAUCCAUUACUUUUUCCCAGUUUCAUUCAUACACAAAAAAGAAAUCCCGUCACUCAUUUAAGGGAUGGUGAUAUGUUUUGGGAUUUUUUAUCACUUCGUCCCGAAUCAACACAUCAAGUAAUGUUCCUUUUUAGUGAUCGAGGAAUUCCUGAUGGUUAUCGUCAUAUGCAUGGUUAUGGAUCACAUACGUUUAAGCUUAUUAAUGAAAAAAAUGAAUUUGUUUACUGCAAAUUUCACUAUAGGACUGACCAGGGAAUUAGAAAUCUUCCAGUGGACAGAGCAACUCAAUUAAGUGGCACUGAUCCUGAUUAUUCAAUUCGAGAUUUGUAUAAUGCAAUUGCAAGAAAAGAUAUUCCAAGUUGGACGCUAUAUAUACAAGUAAUGACUCAAGAAGAGGCUAAAGUUUUCAGAUGGAAUAUCUUUGAUGUCACAAAGAUUUGGCCUCAAAAAGAAUUCCCCUUGAUGCCAGUUGGAAAAAUAGUGUUGGAUAAAAAUCCGGAAAAUUAUUUUGCUGAUGUAGAACAAAUAGCAUUUAAUGUGGCGCACAUAGUACCUGGAAUAGCACCAAGUGCAGAUAAAAUGCUUCAGGGUCGAUUGUUCGCCUACGGUGAUACUCAAAGACAUCGUCUUGGUCCUAAUCAUCUUCAACUUCCUGUCAAUUGUCCAUACAAGGUAUUAUCAACAAUAAAUUAUCAAAGAGAUGGAUUUAUGACAAUUUCUCAUCAAGGAGGAGCACCAAAUUAUUUUCCAAAUAGCUUCAAAGGACCUGUUGAAAAUCCUAGUGUAAAAGAUCCAUCGUUUCCUAUUUAUGGAGUAGUUGAUCGAUUUACACCUGUAGAUGAAGAUAAUUUUAGUCAAGUCACUACAUUUUGGAGAGAUGUAUUAAAACCUAAUGAAAGAACACGAACUGUUAACAAUUUAGUUGACAGUUUAAAAAGAGCAUCACCAUUUAUUAUUGAACGAGCAAUUUCAAAUUUUAGUCAAGUUGAUGAAGAUCUUGGAAGAAGAUUACUUCAGGGUCUGCAAAAUGUAGUAACGUCUAUUUUAUAAGCUUUCAUUCUUUACAGUAAUUAUUAUUUUAUAGUAUUUAGUAUAAAAAAUACAGAUAUUGUUCUAUAUAGUAUUUAAAUAUAAUAAUAAUUAUUAUACAUGAUUAAAAAAAAAACAAAGUAGUUAAUAGUUUUAUUACUUUUUAAUUUGAACAAACUUUUGUGUUUUUGGUACAGCAUUUGGUACAAUUUGGUUAUGCAUUAAUCAAUAAUAUUUGGUUUUCAACUAUUAGAUUUUAAUUUUUUUUAAGAACUUACGAGUGUAAUUAAAUUAUUUGAAUAAAUUGUUUUUUUUGUGUAAAUAAUUUAAUUACCUCAUUUAUCAUAACAAAAUAAUUAAAAAUAUAAAUCUUUACGCGGAUUAGAAAGAAAGUAAUUUUUUUCGUUUAUCUACUUUGGAUCGUAAUUUAAUUUUAUUAUUUUUUUGAAUAUUCUUUACAGAUACUGAAUGAAUUAAUUCAAUAGGAAGCAUAUGAAAGAAAAUUUUACAUGCGUUUUCUUUUCAAAAAUAAUUAGCGAUUACAUAUUGUAUUUGUUUGCAUUUAGUUAAUUACAAUUUUUUUCUAUCCAAUAUGGAUAAAAACUAUCGGCAAAAAGAAUAUUUAAAUAGAGAUAGAUCUUCUUUCUUUCAUAUUGAAAAGAGAAUAAUUAGAGGAAUAAAUGAAGGAAAUCUCAUUAACGUUUAUCAAGUAAGUUAUUGUAAAAAUAGAUAAGAAUAAUAUGCCCUUAAUAUAUUUGGGAAUCGCGAAAUUAUAAAUCGCUUUCUCACUUAAAAGAUUUUCGAAAUUUAAAAGGACUUGGUGUUUGACCUUCCGGAUUGCUCUUAUAAUUUCGAGAUCUAUCUCUAUCAGUUUUCUCAUCUUGAUCUAUAUCCAAUUUUCAUCUAUACAUAUUAUAUAUAUAUAUAUAUAUUUAAAAAGCAAUUUUAUUCAUUAAAUUUCUUCAUGAAAUACAUAUCAAUGAAAUGAAUAAAAUCCAUAAUUAAAAAAAUAUUUUUUCUAUAUUUUUAAUUUCGCAAUUAUUUAAAUGGAUGACGCUGGACUCAUAAAAAAAUUUUAAAAGAAAUAAAAUCAGGUUUACACAAAUAAAUUUCAAUUAUUAGCAUCAUGGCUUAAAAGUUAAAAAAAUGAACGAAGAUUAUUUACAAUUAUUUGUUUACUUUCUUAAUUCAAUAUACAUAUUUUUUUCACAAAAAUAAAUAUUGUUUCUAAAUAUAUCUAUGAGUAAAAUUUGAUUUCUUUCUUUUGACUUUUUUUUAGUUACAUUUAUAUAUCUCUUAACGCUAAAAUUAUUUAUUUGAGUUCCAUUUACAUAAUUUUUUCUAAUUUCAUGCACUAUUUUUUUUUACAAGAAAUUUGAGCCAACUUUUGAAGCGCAUUUUUAAUUUUGACAAAAAUAGAAAAAUUCGAAUGCAACAUUAAUUUAUUUUGAAUUAAUCUGUGAAAGAAAUUUCAAGUUUUUAUAUUUUUAGUUUGUUCAAUUUAAUUUGCGUUAAAAAUUAAUCAAAACCAAACUAUCAACAGUUUGAUACUUGUAAUUAAAAUUUCAAAAGUACUGAAAAGAAAUGUUUAAUUCUAAAAUCAAAUUUUCAAUAAAAUAUUUAUAGGUAUAUGAACUACACAUUUGAAAAAACAAUUAAUUAACGUAUACAAAGUCAAUUUUUAAAGAUAAGUUGCUUUAAUAUCUAUUGCUUUUUAUUUUUGUUUGCAAUUUUUAAUAGUGUAUAUAUUGUCAGUCAAAUGCGCAAAAAGCAUUUAUUAGUUUUCUAUAAAGUCAAAAAUUGUGCAAUGCGAAUUUUAUAAAUGCAAUUUAAAUUUCAUAUAAAUCUAGUUAAACCCAAGGUAUAGUAACAUCAAGUUUUUGGUUUACUAUGAUAGUCACACAAGUUCUACUAAAUUUAUAUUAUUUUAUAUAUUCGCAGAAAUGGGAAAAAUUGUUUUUCGGUUUCUUCUUGAUUGUGCGUAGGUGGCUCAAUUUUUUUCAGUUUAAUAAUAGAUCUUUAAAUAUAAAUACAUUCGUAAGCAAUUAUUAUUUAUCCUAAUAUAUGUAUAUAUAAUUAAUAAGAAACAAUUCUAUCCAAUCACUAUAGUGAUUUAAUUAAAAUAAAAAGAGCCUCAAUAGUGGUAAUUAAAAAAAAAGAAAUAAAAUCUUUUAUAUAAUUUUCCACAGUUUAAAAUUUGUAUUAACAUAUUAUAUAUAUUUCGUUUAGAAAAAGAACGAAUAUAUAGAGAUCAUUAGAAAUAUUUUUAACUAUUAGUUUUUAUACGAAGAUUAUUAUAGAUGACUAAAAAUGGCAUUUAUUCAGUUCCGUUUCGAAUAUGUAUAUAAACGACUUAUUUGUCAGUUAUAUGGUAAAAUUUAGAAUUAUAAUGCAGUUCAAAGAAUCUACAGAAAUUGACUGUAGUUUCCAUUUAGAGUACAGUGAAAAAUUGUAUUCAAUUAAACAAGUUUUU